AUGAUAUGGAGGGGAUUGGAACACCUGAAUCACAUGACAUGGAGGGGAUUGGAACACCUGAAUCACAUGAUAUGGAGGGGAUUGGAACACCUGAAUCACAUGAUUGGAGGGGAUUGGAACACCUUAAUCACAUGACAUGAAGGGGAUUGGAACAACCUGAAUCACAUGAUAUGGAGGGGAUUGGAACACCUGAAUCACAUGAUACGGAGGGGAUUGAAGCACCUGAAUCACAUGAUUGGGAGGGGAUUGGAGCACCUGAAUAACAUGAUACGGAGGGGAUUGGAACACCUGAAUCACAUGAUAUGGAGGGGAUUGGAGCACCUGAAUCACAUGAUAUGGAGGGGAUUGGAACACCUGAAUCACAUGAUAUGGAGGGGAUUGGAACACCUGAAUGACAUGAUUGGGAGAGGGUCCCACCGGCUCCCAAUCAUUGCUGGAGAGCAG